AUGCCCGUCGUCACCAUCACAUCCAAGGCCCAGUUCGACGAGCUCGUCGCAAAGACGCCCUUCGUCGCCGUCCAAGCCAGCGCAUCCUGGUGCGGUCCCUGCAGGGCCAUCUCGCCCCUUUUCGCCAAGCACUCCGACACCCUCGGCGCCGACAACCACUUCGCCUUCGCCAAGUUCGACACAGACGACGUCCCCGACCUCACCGGCGAGCUCGGCGUCCGCUCCCUCCCCACCUUCUUCUUCUUCGAAAACGGCAACAAGACCGACAGCAGUGUCGUCGGCGCCAACCCGCCCGCGCUGAACAAGACCGUCGCCGAGGUCUCCGAACGGGCCAAGGCCGCUGCCGCCGGCAACUAG